AUGAUGGGCAUCCCAGGCCUGGAAGCCUUUCACCACUGGAUCUCCAUCCCUUUCUGUGCACUGUACCUUACUGCUCUCUUGGGAAACUGCAUGAUCCUAUUCAUCAUAAAGAAGACCCAAAGUCUUCACGAACCUAUGUACUACUUCCUCUCCAUGCUGGCAGUCACUGACCUGGGCUUGGUUUUCUGUACCCUGCCCACUACCCUGGGCAUUUUUUUGUUUAAUAUACGAAGGAUUGGGUUUGAUGCUUGCCUCACUCAGAUGUAUUUUAUCCACAUACUUUCUUUCAUUGAAUCCUCUGUGCUCCUGGCGAUGGCAUUUGACCGCUUCAUUGCCAUCUCCCAUCCUUUGAGACAUCCAUCCAUAUUGACCAAGACGACUGUCAUGAAAAUAGGUCUGGCAAUUAUAGUGAGAGGAAUGGUCUCCCUCCUUCCCAUCCCCUUCUUGCUCAAGAGACUGACCUACUGUGGGAAGACUGAGCUGUCUCACUCUUUUUGUUUCCACCCUGAUAUCAUGAACCUUGCAUGCGCAGAUAUAAAAGUCAAUGUCUUCUACGGUAUGAUUGUUCUCUUAUCAACGGUGGGGAUGGACUUCAUCUUCAUUGUGCUGUCGUACAUCCUGAUCAUUAAAACUGUGGUCAGCCUUGCAACCAAGGAGGAGUGUCUCAAGGUUCUGAACACAUGUGUUUCCCACAUCUGUGCUGUUCUAGUGUUCUUCAUCCCAAUGAUCGGGCUGUCCAUGAUCCAUCGCUUUGGAAAGAAUGUUCCUCCUCUGGCUAACACUUUGGUGGCCUACACCUACCUUAUUAUCCCCCCUGCUCUCAACCCCAUUAUCUACAGCAUAAAAUCCAGCCACAUCCGUGAGGCUUUGCUCAGAGCACUGUGGAAGAAGAGUGAAUCUGACUGGUAG